AUGGGAUGUAGCAUUAGUGUAGAAGUAAAAGAAUAAGAGAUUGGUUUUGAUACAUAAAGUCAAUAAAGACCAUUUGAAUCUAUUGAGCUUCAAAAAUAUAAACUUAAAAAAAAGUACGGGAGAAUAAGGGAAGUUUCGAUUGUAUUAGAAUAAGAUAAAUACAAAUAAUCUCAUGAAAUUAGACAUCUUGUUCCAUAAUUGGAGAUUGAGGCUAAUUCUAUUCUAAAAUCUAGAAAAUAAUCUCACGAAAGAGACAUCAAUUGA